AUGGACAGCCCACCAACCUCACCAACGCCAAUACAGAGCAGAGCAAAGGCGGCUCCCACCCUUUCGCCAGCAGCGCAACAGCUCGCUGCAGUAUCCGACAGGGACCUCAACAAAGGCAUGAAGUCGCGCCUGCGAAGAGCCUUCUCGUUCGGAAGCGCGCAAGAACUACGGCGUGCCGGUGUGGACACUACCCAACCCGAUGCGCAGCUUACCAGACAACAACAUCAACAACAAAUCGACGAUGAGCUGGAUGCAGAGCAGAUGGAGAUUGCACGAAGGCAAGAGGCUGCCGGUAUUGGUGCCGGCAUUUACUCCGGUCAAGGCGGGUUUGCAGGCUCCACCGACAACCUUUCCAUUUCCUCUACUGCAUCCUCCGCCUCAAUGAUGCUGAGGAAGAUGGGACGCGGGGCGAAGAAGAGUGCUAAGAGCAUCAAGGGUCUCUUCCGGCCGAAAUCUGUCGUGGGAGUUCCUGCAGCCGAUGGUCCCAUCGCAUCUGUCGAGCCCACUGUCGGGCAGGUAUCAAUGGUUACGGUCGAAGCAGAGCGGCGCCUUGUGAACGUCAAUGCACAUGCAGACGAGCACACAGAUGGGGGCACCAGCUUCCCCAAACUCGAGAGGAACUCGCUGGAGUCCGCAGUCGCCGGCGUGCUGGCUGAGCAGGGCUCCCCGAAACGGUCCGAGGCCGAGUUGAGGCGCAGUGUAAUCGGAAAUGACAAGGACCGCGCCGAGGUGCUCGCAGCCGUCCGAAAAGGCAUCCUCAAGCGCUCCGGCACCGCAUCGCCCACUGCAUCGCCCGUCGUCAUGCCCAGUGACGCCGCCGGUGGGUUACCGUCCGUCCCGCAGCUCACCGACAGUCCUCCCGCGAGCAGCGUCCCCAGCAAGCCGAGAGAAGCCUACCAGAAUCGGAGCUCGUCUGCCCCGGCGGUGAACGGAGAUUACUUCAACACCCGCAUGGGCGUGGCGAAGAGCAUGCCGAGCACGCCUAAUGGGAGCGUGCGAUCCAUCAGCUUCAGCCCGCGCAUUCAAUUCCACGAUGCGUGGUCGAGCACGGAGUACGAUCGGCGAGGCGAGAUUGCGACGUGCAAUCGCCUCACGCCGUUGUUGGCUCAGCAGAUUAAGGAGGAAUUGAAUACCUUCAAGAUGGUGAGCUCCCUCCUGCGUCGUCCUGUCGAUGUUUUACUAACGUAUGCGUCCCAAUAG